CUUAUUGAUGCUGUUGGGCCAUUGGUAAAGUGCGUAUAUGAAGCCUUGAAGGAAUACAACAGCCCUGCAGAUGCAGUAGUGGCAUAUAGUAACGUCAUCCUCGAGCUUGUCAACGCGGUCGACAACGAGCACACACAAGCACUGUCAAUGGAUUUUGUCAACACCGUUAACAUGGUGGAGACAGGAACUAUACAGCUGACCUACUGUUCCGGAGGAAAUAUCAGUGUUUCUUUGCCAGGUGCCCUUAUAGGACAGUGUAACUCUGACCUUGGUACCAGCUGUAAAAAAUCGAAGACAAGCCUUGUUGCGCCGCUUGUGUCACUCAUAGAGUGUCUUGUUGGAAACGCACUUCCCAAUGCUCCGCAAGACAAGAUCAUCGCCCUCGUCUGCGACCUCAUCAACAGUACUGACAUUGCUUCCUUCAGCCGCUUACCAUUAUGGCUGGGCGUCUACGACAUGAAGAGAAUGUGGUGUAUGUAAUUCGUUCUUCACCGUGCAUCGAAACAACCGCACACCAAGCCUUGUUUAGACGACAAGUUGCCUUUGCUAAAUUUUUCUUUGUUAAACCAAAAAUUACUUUUCUGUUGAGCAAUAAACUUUUGUAAGAGAA